AUGGGGAACAUGGAUGGAAAAGCUGUUGAGGAGCUGAGUGCAACUGAGUGCCAUCAAUGGUACAAGAAGUUUAUGACAGAGUGUCCCUCAGGGCAACUUACCCUGCAUGAGUUCAAACAGUUUUUUGGCUUGAAAAACCUGAGUCCAUCAUCAAACGAAUACAUUGAGCAAAUGUUUGAGACCUUUGACUUUAAUAAGGAUGGCUACAUUGAUUUUAUGGAGUAUGUGGCAGCUCUAAGCUUGGUCCUGAAGGGGAAAGUAGAACAGAAGCUGAGGUGGUAUUUCAAACUCUAUGAUGUGGAUGGAAAUGGCUGCAUUGACAGGGAUGAGUUACUAAACAUCAUUAAGGCAAUUCGUACCAUUAAUCCAUGUCAAGAAUUAAUGUCAGCUGAGGAAUUCACAAACAUGGUGUUUGAUAAAAUCGACAUAAAUGGAGAUGGUGAGCUGUCUCUGGAAGAAUUCAUGGAUGGAGUACAGAAGGAUGAGGUUCUACUUGGCAUCCUCACCCGUAGCCUGGACCUGACACACAUUGUUCGAAUGAUCCAGAAUGAUGGGAAGAAUCCGGGUGGAGCAGGAGAGGCAGCGGAGGCAGCCGAAUAG